AUGCGAAAGUCUACGCGACAUAGACGUGCCAAAAGCGAAAUGGGUGUUGCAACCCAAAUAAACAGCAGUACAGUCAUCGGACGAAUUAUGUCCACAGGGAUUCCAAACGAAAAUAGUGAGGACCGGCCUCAUGAUGCCGACCUUCCGGACACACCCAUAAACAUACCGUACACAACCCAUGGAGAACAGAACAUGAAUGACAACGCGUGUGACUAUUGCGGUGUAUACACGGGAGACAAGAACUAUCCCUGUUCCGUGUGUAGAUUGGUUUUCCACAAGAGCUGUGUCAACAAGUUAUACAUAAAAAAUAACCAAGGGAUAUCGCUGGCCAUGGCUGGACAUAGAAUUGGUGAUGACUACUGGACAUGUCACAACUGUGAAGACCUUCCUGCUCUUUUAACGGUUGAAGAAAUGAAAUAUUUAACGGAAAACUUGGAUAAAUAUAGCAUAAAGAAAGACAUUUCAGUCAGUCAUGCCAACUAUUUACGCUACCGUCGCGGCCAACACUACGAUGUAUACGGUGAAGACAUGAAACCAGAAGAAAUGCGAAAAACUAUGCAACAUUUUAAUCACAUGGACAUUGAGGACAAGGGAGAGAUUUAUUGGAAAGAUUUUCUAAAUAACGAAACCAUUAGGAUUUUACAACAACGUUCACAGAAUAAAUUACUUCACCUUCUGAAAGCAAGCGAAAUCGAAGAUCUACGUAAAGUGUUCAAGAGUGUCGAUACCAAAGGUCAAGGACAGGUGCCAAAGACGUCAGCGCGAAAGGCAUUCGUUCAGUGGAUAGGAGCGAAAAAGAAAAUCCAUACUACUCCAAAGGAUAAGCAAAGAGACAAAAAGAAGGAACAAACAAAAAAUAACAGAAAAUCAACAAUGGAAGAUAAAGAAAUGCUCAAAUGGGGACAAUUUGUCAAAGAUUACGCCCUGUCGAUUAUCGCUUCAAGGACCAAUACGACUGGAUUCCUGUUUACUGAAGACUAUUGUUUCUUUUCUUUCUUUUUCUCUUUUAUCCGGUGGAAACUUUCUUGGUCGUAUUUUCUGAACACUCGUUUUCAUUCGUCCUUUUUUCCUCUUUUUUGUUUUUCGUGUAUGCGUCUCCCUUUCUUUCACAUGCGUGUGUUCCAUUCUUUUCUUUUUCCUUCCGCUUUUAUUUUUGGCGGGCGUCUUUUUGCUUAA